AUGUCUAUUCUACUUCCUGUUGCUCCAGCCGGUACGCCAGGCGUGACCCUCGAAGCUCUCCAAGUUCUUGAAAGACUUGGAGGUUCAGAUGGUUACCUUGAACACUUAUUGAAUAACAACACAGUUUCUGGAAGAGAGCUAGCCAAGUCAACUAAUCUCAAACUUUGGCCCGUUACGCUCUGCGAGAUUCAAUUCGUCUCGCCUCGAUGGUUGGGGCUUCGCCAUGCUCAGUCAACUGUCGGAGUGCUGCUAUGUGACGACUGGAAAGGGUUGACUGCUGAACCAGUGCGAUUCGAGGCCAUUACUGGGCGUAAUGGCGAAGAGGGAAGGUUGAUGAUCCACUUUUGGCGAGACAACCAGUUACUUGCUCAGUAUACUGGACGCGAGGUAAACCUUCCCCGUGUUCAUUUCGAGGGCCCUUGCACUUGGAAAUUGGGAAGUGAAGCAAGUAAACCAGAAUAG